AUGCCCGCCGUAACCGACAACAGAGCGUUGCUCAAACAGCCCCUCCACGGAAUCUACAUUCCCGUCGGGCUCGUCAUCUUUGGCACAUGUUUGAUCGACUACCACUAUUUACCAUACUCGUUAGCCUUUGUAGCCAUCAUCUGCUCGUACAACUUCCGUGAAGCGUGGAACAGACGCAAGUCCAUUGAUCCGGUCAAGUGGACCGAGUUGGAGUUGAUUGACAAGACCAUUGUCUCCAAGGACUCUGCCAUUUACCGCUUCAAGUUGUUCCACGAUGAUGAGGUGUUAGAUAUUCCUACCGGCCACCAUCUUGCCUGUUGCUUCACUAUUGAUGGAAAGGAUGAGAUUAGAUACUACUCGCCGAUCUCCAACCAGUUCGAUACUGGGUUCUUUGACAUUUUGGUGAAGUCGUAUGCUAGUGGUAAAGUUUCUAAGGAGUUCGCGAUGUUGAGAGAGGGCCAGACCGUUAAGUUCCGCGGUCCCGUAGGAAGAUUGGACUAUAAGCCCAACAUGGCCGAGCACAUUGGCCUUGUGGCUGGUGGCUCGGGCAUCACACCGAUCUUGCAGGUCAUCACCAAGGUCAUUACUACCCCUGAGGAUACCACCAAGCUCACGUUGCUUUACGGAAAUGAAACCGAGAACGAUAUCUUGUUGAAGAACGAGCUUGAUGAGAUUGCCAAAAAAUACCCAGACUUCACUGUUCACUACACUGUCACCAAUCCAUCUGAGUCGUGGACAGGGGAGAAGGGCUUUGUGACCAAGGAAUUGAUUCUGAAAUACAUGCCCGAGGCAUCCAGCAGCAACAGGUUGUUUAUCUGUGGCCCACCAGAGAUGAAGAGAAAGUUGAUUGAGGAUACCAGUUCGUUGGGCUGGGAGAAGACCAUCAUGAAGUCAGACACCGCGGACCAGGUUUUCUGUUUCUAA